AUGUCCACCGAUCCACCCCAGCCCAACCACCGCAAGGCCCGGGAGACCUCGGUCGCCUCCAACUGGAAAUGCAUCCUUAUCUGCAUCGCCAUGUCUCUCGCCAAUUGCCAGUAUGGGUACGACACCGCCACCGUUGCCGGAUUUCAGGCCAUGGUCGGCUUCCUCAAGGUCUAUGGCUAUGAGGAUCCCACGACGCGUACCGGCUGGAAUAUUGAGACAGUGCCGCAGCAGCUCAUCAGCUCUUUCCUGCAGGUGGGCACCAUCAUCGGUGUGCUGCUGACUCACCUGUUUGGGCGAUAUUUCGGACGGAAACCCGCCAUCUGGGCCGCCAGCCUGGUCUCGUUCGUCGCCGCGGGCACGCAAGUGGGGACCACCACGCUCGUGGGACUGUAUUUCGGCAGACUGUUGAUCGGCAUGUCCAAUGGAUUCUUCAUCACGUUCGCCAACAUCUACACGGCCGAGGUGAGCCCGAGUCACCUUCGUGGCGCGAUUGUCUCGCUGUUUGGUAUUUGGGUCAGCAUAGGAAGCAUGAUGGGUGCCAUCGCCAACCAAUUUUCCAAGGAGUAUGACAACAAGCUUUGCUACCAGAUCCCGCUGGCGAGCCUGUUCAUCAUCCCCGUCACCCUGAGUAUUCUGAUGAUCUUCGUCCCCGAAUCGCCGCGAUUCCUCCUCGUGCAUGGCAAGACCGAAGAAGCUCGUCGCGCGCUGGCGACCCUGCGCGGGAACUCGUUCAAGGACCACCCGGAGCUCUUGGAAGAGGAGUUUCAGGAGAUGAAGCAGGGCAUCGAGCGAGAGCAGGAGCUGGCAUCCUCGUCGUCCGUCUCAGAUAUGUUCAAAGGCACCGACCGCCGCAGAACGUUCCUUUGCUGGGCAGUCGUGCUGUCCCACUCGUCCUCGGGGAUAUCGCUGAUUGUAGCCUACGGCACGUUCUUUUUCCAGCAGGCUGGCGUCGGCCGGCCUUUCCUCGCCACGGUUCUCAAGUCUCUCAUGGGUCUGGUCGGUGUCGCUUUGGGCAUGUAUUUGUCAUAUAAGUGGCUCGGGCGCCGCACCAUGAUGCUGAUAGGCCAUGGCACGUCGGCAGCUUUCUUCUUUGGAAUGGGGAUUGCCGAGUCGAUUGCUCCCAAGACGGAAGUUGCUGGAAGAGUUAUCAUUGGCUGCGCGAUGUGUUAUCACUUCUUCUAUAACGGUUUCUCGGGUGCACAGAGUUACCCGGUCGCCAAUGAAUUGGUGAGCUCGAGGCUGCGCGUCAUCUCAGUAGGAACAGCCACUGCGGUCAACAUGGUCUUCGCCUGGCUCACAGCAUUUACGAUGCCGUACUUCAUCAACUCGACUGAGCUUGAUUGGGGCGGCAAGAUUGGGUACGUCUGGGGCGGCAGCAAUGCGGUCACCUUCAUCUUCCUCUGGUUUUUCCUACCAGAAAUGCGGAACCGUACGCUCGAGGAGAUCGAUGAGCUGUUCCAGGAACGCGUGCCGACGCGCCAGUUCCACAAGUACCAGUGUGUGUCGUCCGAAAGGGCAAGGGAACAAGCGAUCAAGGUCGUGGGCAUCGAGGCCGAUGUUGACGGUGAUGAGAAGACGAUGGAAGUUGAGCACCGAGAAGUCAAGGCCUGA